CAUUCUACCCAGUCCCCACCAGCUCAAUUAGCUCAAGCCAUCAGCCAUGGCCAUGAACCGCGCCAUCGCCUGCGCGCUCCUCCUCGCCACUCUCUUCGCCUGCUCGUCGGCGACCACGCUGACCAUCCACAACCUGUGCCCGUACCCGGUGUGGCCGCUCAUCACCCCCAACACGGGCCUCCCCGCCAUCUCCGACAACGCCGCGCGCCUCGACACCAACGCGCUCCUCUCCGUCCGCUUCCCCUCCACCGCCUGGGCCGGCCGCGUCACCGCGCGCACCAGCUGCGACUCCGGCGGCGGCGGCGGCCCGCGUAACUGCGGCUCCGGCGCCGCGCCGCCCUCCACCGUGGCGCAGCUCCAGGUCCACCAAGGCGGGAGCGCGGACGCGGCCGGCUACAGCGUCUCCCUCGUCGACGGCUUCAACGUGCCCAUGGUGAUCAGCCCGCAGGGCGGCGGCUCCGGCCAGUGCCCGGCCCUGGGCUGCGCCGUCGACCUCAACUGCGACUGCGACCCCGACCAGCGCGCCGCCGAGGGAGCCGCGUGCCGUGGCCCCCCGGAGUACUUCAAGUCCCGGUGCAAGCUGACGAGGACGACUCCCACCGACGUUGAGCCCGUGCCGCAGAGCUGCCGCGCGCCAGGGGAGCUCAAGAUCGUCCUCUGCCAGACGUCCAUGCUAGCAGCCCACGGCGCCGCCGCCGACACGCUCGUCGGCACCGUCGUGGAAGCCGACAGCUAGACCUCUGUUCCUCUCUGUUCUGCUCGCUUCAUUCGCUGUACUGCAGUGCACCGUGGCUGUUUGUGUUUAGACUUUUGAGCUCUGGCUUCGUCGGUCUGUACUCUCGGUGUACGCCCUAAGCAUAUGGGUUAAGACAAAUAAUUGAACAGUGAGUUACUCACUUAAUUUGGAACA